GGGGUUUUCUCUUCCGUCGUGAUCUGUCCAGUCCUUACUUACUUUCUAUUUCGCGAUGAAUGCCCGUCCACACAAGCAGUCCAUGUCCGAGCUGAAACUCCGCAGACUCACGGAGCACAAUCAGCGGCUGCGUGAGGACCUCGCACGGCCACGGAUGAGAGUAAGCGAGGCCAGUGCAAGUUUGAUUCGUUACUGCAAAACGACAAAAGACCAUUUGGUGCCGUCAGUUUGGGGCCCUGUGGGGAAAGGUGAAGAUCCUUACGCGCCACCUCAAACGGGUUGCAACUGCGUGGUGAUGUAAUGGCUAUCCUCCCUAUACCCCUGCUGUUGUGAAAUACCCUAUUCGUUGUCGCUUGGCGAUAUCCCGAGGGAACCGGAGGAUCGCAUAUUCGAAGAAAAAGCUUACAAGCUUCCUUGCACUACUAUGCCCGUGGAUUAGAGUACCCCAACCUCACGCUCGCUACACUUUUUCGCGCUACUCCGGCCUCCAGCCUAUAGGCAGCGUCGUUCGACCGCCCAUUGCUGUGUUCAAGAUACUCGCUUCCUCUUCGUACAUUCAGGUCAUUGAUUACAUCCCAUUCCGUUUACUCUGGCAUUUUACUUCGUUUUCUCUGGCUAGUGCAUACGGCUACCGUUGUAUCAGAUUUAAAUAUCUAUCCUUUAUGCGUAAUGGUCUCAAUUCCACCCAGGCCGUCUAUUGUGUGCAAUCUCAGACUGAUAGGAGAGAUGCACGCUCGGACUCGUGCGUGU